AGCGCCAAAGAAGCUCGCGUGAACUAUCAUGGAAGUAGCCCCGCGACCGCGAACGACAACCACCAACCUCCCCACCCCUUUAUAUCGCGGCACGCCGACUGGAAAAGAGGGUCUUAAGGCAAUGGACGGAGAAGGGAAUGUGAAGAUGGCGAACGCUAAAUCAUCCAGAUCCUCCGCCGCCUGGCGGUGCAGGAAGCACCCGAAGCACCGGCAGUCGGCCGGCGUGUGCUCGCUCUGCCUCAGCAAGCGGCUCUCCCAGCUCUCCAGCGGCAGUUACCUACGCGGCUCGACCAGCGCGAACAGAAGGCGCUACUCCUGCUCCUCCUCGCCGUCGUCGUCCACCUCCAUGUCGUCCUACCCCUCUUCUUCCGAGGAGUCGUCCUCGUGCGCGAGCCCGAUCCACCGCCACGGCCGGUUCGCCCACGAGGCGAGGUCCGGGCCGGUGUCGAUGCUCUUCGGGGGCAGGGACGGGCUGAAGAAGAGCCGUUCCGUCGCCUGCGCGGCGCCGCCGCCGCCGCCGAAGACGAGGGCGGGCGGGGAGAAGAGCAAAGGCGGGUUUUGGUCCAAGCUGAUCCCGUCCAGGAGGAAGAAAAAUGGAGCGGAAGGUGGCGAGUUGACGAGCUUGAAGCACUCCUCGACGCUGAGGGAGAGGGUGGCCGUGUAAUAUUUUCGGUUCAUCGAUCGGUGCACGAAGCCUUGUCGUGAUUUUUUUUUUCCUCUUUCAUUUUUUCUUCUUAGAAAUUGAUUAAAUUUGUAGAUCUACACGAGUAAAAAAAAAAGGAGAGAUGGUUAUACCAAAGGGGGGAAAACCAAAUGCACAAGGUUUUCCACUGCUGAUUGUAAAUUAAUUACGUUGUAUUGUUGCUGCUUAAUAGGAAGGAAUUUAAUUAGCAGAAGGGCUUUGCCAAAUUGCUUUGUGCUGGUUAAAUUCGUUCUGGUGAUUUUUUGUGGGUUCUGGUAUUGUCGGUUUUGUUUGUUAAAUAAGGAAGAAGAUGUUUGAUA